UCAUCUCUUACUCAUCUAGCCGCCUGUCAGUACCCUCCGUUGAAAGCCCAUUUCGAAUUCGAGCGACGACUCCGAGCGACUCCUCGAUCUGCCUCGCGUCGGCUCUCGAGGGGCUCAUUGGUAAUCCUCGCCGAGGAUCUCGCUCUGCAAAGCUCGCUGUUCAUCGGCGUAUUCCUGGGCCCUCGCCAUCAUCUUAUCAUAGCAGUCCUCGCAGUACUUGUUGCCGUCCACUUCGGUGUAGCAGUCGUCGCCGUCGCAACACAAGACCAUGUCACAGUCCUCGCAGGAGCUGCGGCAGUCCUCGCAAAGGUCUCGCCCUCCCUCGAGGUCGCAUCCUCCCUCGCAGCUUCGCAGCACGCAGUCGUCCUCGACGCACCUCGAGCACGCAAACACCUUGUCGCAGACAUCGCAGGACCGCCACACGCCGGCCGGUGUUGCCUCCUGCGCUUCGUCGCACCACUGGCAGAUGACGGCGCCGCACGCGCACUUCAUCAUAAACGAGGCCUCCUUGGUACACCGCGGGCUCCGCGGCGCCUCGAACCUCCCGCCCACUGCCUCGAAUUCGCGCCAGCGCGUGCAUCCUUUAAAGUACGAGGGGUCGGUGAGCGGCAGCGGCGGCUCCUCGUAUUCGGAACCGUCCCCGCGCCUUGGCCGCUUCGCGCGCGGCGCGCCGUCGACGGCCUCGGCACUUGCCAUCUAUGAGAGCGCUCUCAGACAGGGUGUCACACGGUUGAUCUUCGGUUCUCUAGCCGAACGUGCUCGUCAGACAGCACAAAACAGUCGUUUCUGUCAAGCGUGCAGCGCAAGAUGCGUCGCGGAGCAGCCGAAGCCUCUGAUCUCAUCGGCUGACCCUA